CCAGUCUUCCUCCUCCCCGGUGACAGCUUCCCGCCGUAGCGCUCGGCUCGACGUUGCCCGGCCGGACGGUAGCUCGGCUCUGCCCAUCCCCGAGCGGGCGGAGCUCUGGGCCGCUGCCCGAAAUCUGGAGCCAGCUUUGGCGGCCGCUUAGCCGCCCCCAGGACCGGGACGCCAUCUCCGCCUUCAUCGCCGACCUCCGCUCGAUGGCUGUCCGUCUAUCGCCGCCGCCUCCGCCUCCUCCCCCCAAGCCGGAUAGGAGUCCUCGGCCUCUCUUCUGUCUUUUUAUUUUUCUUUGGGCUUGUUGAGCUGUGCCCUCAGCAAAACCUUGUGUACUUGUCCUGAGACUUGGGUGUGUGCGCUGUGAACUUCUCAUUGUAUGGGUGCUUUGUGGCGGUUUGCUUUAUCUAUAAAGUGGGGCGAAAGCCUUCUUCGGUAUUAUUUAUCCUGUAAAAUGAGUUUCAGUUCUUAGUGCAUAUGUGCCUGUUAUUUUAUUUUGUAUUUUUAAUGCAUCAUGUGAUUUUUUUAUCACUGCUAUUUGACCUUUCUUUCUUCUUUGUUGUUUCAAAGAUGACAGGUGCAACUGACAAUUUAGUCACACUUCAGAGAAUUGCAAGACAAUUGUUUGCAGCCUUGCAUGUUGAUGUGAAGGAAGUGCGGGGAGUUGGACUAAAAAUGUCAAAGCUUGAGCAUGCAGAUUUAGGUCGCGGAGUGAAGCACAACAAGGGAAUAUGCUUAAAUCAUGGCUUGGUUCAUCAUCUGAGAAGCUCAAGAAACAAUGCAGUGAGAGAACCUGCUUUCUUGGGAAGACUGAUGGUGCAGGAGCCUCUACCAGUGAGAUGCGAAAUUUGGGAAGCUCCAGACCAUCACUUACAGGUGUUGCAUCCCACUCGUCAAAGGUGAAGCUUACAAGUGGUAGGUUUACCAGAGUUCAUGCCGCUGAGUUGCCACCAUUAUCUGAACUUGAUUUGGAGGUCCUCAAGAACCUUCCUCCAGAGAUAAUAUCUGAAAUGAAUGACAUGUAUAAGGGAGAAUUGCAUGGUUUUCUGGGCACGAUAAAGGGCGAUGAAGGCAAGGAAAGCAAUUCAAAAUCUCGUGUUUUACCUGCCGUUAACCAGAACUCCAUACCUGUUUGUAAUGCAAGGUUGCACCAAUAAGGAGAGCGCACUGACUCCAUGCAUUUGGAGAAACGGAAUAAUAUUAAGGGGGCAUCAGACCAGGAGGUUCAAACUGCCCAUGCUUCGUGCUCAAGAGCCAAUGAAUUGAUUGAUACAGAGAGUGUCACACGGCUUGAUUUCAUGCCUAAUUCUCUAAGCCAGGCAGACUUCACAGUUUUGCAGGAAUUACCGGAGGAUGUCAAGGCUGAUUUGUUCAAUGUGCUUCCAUCACAUAGGCCAAUAGACCCUACAUGCCGCACUUCAAACGUUACUGAAAAUAAAUCUCUGAAGAAUGGAGGAACUGAUGAUCCAAAGAAUCCAGUGAUUUGUGUUCUGCCAGGAAGUUCUCAGAAAUGGGCCAAACAGUUCAGAGUUAGCAGUUCCCUACUAUUGAAUGCCAUUGCAGAGCAACACGCAAAUUCUAUCUCCAGUCAACCUCUAUCUUCAAUUUUAGAGCAUGUUGCUUCCCUCCUCCCUCUGUGUCCUACCUCAGGUAGCGAAGAAUGGAACGACACACUCUCCCGACUCUCUGUUCUUCUUACAGAGUAUAUACACCUGAAAGUUGAUUCUGAUAUUGAAGAGCUGUACAAAUGUUUCCUUCUUUUGAAAAGGUUCUUGUCAGCAUCUGAGCUUUUUCUGGAAUUGCACAAUAGCAUUAUUCCUUACUGCAGGACUCCAUCACUCAACAUUAUGGUGGGACACCGCGUCUCUAGUUUGAAGUUCAGGUAUUGCGGGCCGUUUGGUGAUAGAAAGGAUGGACAGAGGUGCGUGGGGGUCUGUGCCCUUGUUUAUCAGUGGCGACCAUGGAGUGUGAUGACUGCUCUCUUGUUCUGCGGAUAUGAACCGAAAUACUGAAUCAGGGGUUGGAAUGCGAACUUUCUCGCCACGCCAUGUAUAAAUGGGGAAUCAUGUACACCUGUAAAUAUUACCUUUUUUGUGAGAACUGUAAAUAUUACUUCUACAUGAAAGAUGGCACGAGCUGAUAUACGCAUGUCCUGCUUUGUAUGCAAUCGGUGUUGAGCACAAUCCAACUUGCAAACCUCAGAAAAGAUUCAUCUUUUUCUGAAUGUAUACCACGGUUAUGUCGUACAUAUGUAGUUUUAUA